AUGGAGUCCAGGACGGCGUCGCUCUUCCAUCGCGUCUCGUCGGCGCUUUUCUUUGGCGUAUCGAGUAUACUUGUCGUCUUCAUCAACAAGAUUUUGCUCACAAAUUACAAAUUCCCUUCACCGUUGACGGUGGGCGUUGGUCAAAUGGUGGCUACAGUGAUGAUUCUCUUCUUCGCCCGCCUCUUCCGACUUGUUACGUUCCCUCGAUUGGAUAGCAGUGUGCCUAGAAAGAUCUUUCCGUUGCCAAUCAUCUACGUGCUCAACUUGAUAUGUGGAUUGGGGGGAACAAAGGCGAUCAAUCUUCCGAUGUUCACCGUUCUUCGGAGGUUCUCCAUUUUCAUGACGAUGGUGCUGGAGUAUUGGAUUUUGGGGGUUCAAGCCUCGUUCGCUGUGCAAGUGUCGGUCGGGUUGAUGAUUGGCGGAUCGAUUGUGGCCGCCUUUUAUGAUCUCGCUUUUGAUUCUUAUGGUUACACGCUGAUUUUACUCAACGAUCUCUUCACGGCUGCCCAAGGAGUAUACACAAAGCAGAAAUUGGAUGCAAAGGAUCUUGGGAAGUACGGGAUAAUGUACUACAAUUGUUUGUUCAUGUUGGUCCCGGCGGUUUUCAUGCUCAUCUACACGGAUGAGUUCGAAAAGAGCUACAUCUUCAUCACUUCUGAUCAGAUGCUGCCCGGGGUGUGGUUUUGUUUCAUCGUCUCGUGUGUUUGCGGAUUUAUCCGCAACUUCUCGGAGGUUUUGUGCACCAGUUACAACUCGGCGUUGACGACGACGUGUGUUGGCCCUAUAAAGAAUCUCUUUGUGACUUAUGCGGGCAUGUUCAGCAGUGGCGAUUAUAUGUUUUCAUGGACGAACUUCAUCGGAAUCAACAUAAGCACGUUUGGAAGCAUCUUGUACACGUAUGUGACAUUCCGGACCAAAUCCACAGCCAGCAACCGACUCAUCACGAUCUCACCAAAAGCCAAGGAAGCCGAGCGACAAACGCUACUU